AUGGAAGAGCACCUCUUCAGUUAUGAAAACAUAUUUAGGAACAAGGACCUAAAUAUUGAUGAGGAGAUCAGGGAGAAAAACCAGAAGGAAAAGGGGCAACCUGUUGAGGGGGUGAAGGGGCCACCGGGGGAUGGAGACCCGGAGGAGGAGUCCCCACGGGGUUCUGCCAAGAAGGUGAAAAUCGAACCGGGUGAGGAGGGCAAAGAGGAUGAACAGAACAAACCGGAUGAGCAGAGCAAACCGGGUCAGAAUAACAAACCGGGUGAGGAGGGCCCCUCCAACCAACCGGGUGCAGCCGAUGAGAGCAAAACAGGAGAGAAGGAUGACACAAGUCCAGGGGGAGACGGAAGGCCCAGCGAGGCCGACUGCAAGGGGGGUGCAGUGGAGGCGGAGGAAGAGGCGGUGGAAGAGGCGGCAGCAGUGGCGAUGGAAGAGACAGUGAAAGAGUCUGUAGAAGAAGCAUCAACGGAAGUGACUAGCAUGAUGAACGUGACGAACGUGACGAACGCGACGAACGCGACUCACACUGCUGACGCUGCUGACGCUGCUGACACUGCCCAGGAGAAGAGCCGAACGGAACCCCAGACCAAGAAGAAGACAAAAAACGACGUCUCGUCCCUCUUUGCAGACUCGCCCUCAGAAGUGCCGGGCGCGGGGGGGGACCCACCCAGGGACAACAACGAAGUUAAUUUUUGGUUUUCUGGAGAAGGGGCCGCGCCGCACGGUCAAGCGAAUGGCUCGGUAAAUGGCUCGGUAAAUGGCGCGGCAAGCGCCCAAGCGGGGGAGAAAGGCCAGGCGCGCGACAACCGUUUGGAGGUCCCACUUGGUAGUAAUCCAGAUGGGGCGACCAACGUGAAGCGUCGCGAAGGCGAGGAUGGUGGCAGCUGUGGAAUGGGUAGCUCUCCAAGUGGUGUUGAUGCCUCCAUUAGCGGUUGCAAUGAGGAAAAACAGAUUCGCAGUGACGGGGGAGACGUGCCCGAUUGGACGCCCCAAGUGAGCAGCAGUGAUCUGGUUGGGGAUGCAAGUCCCCCGGGUUGUUGCGAAAAGGGGCCCAGUGAGGAGGGGGCAGACGCUCCCGGGGGGGGCACAUCGGAAGCGGUAGGUGGGAACGCGGCAGGUGGGAACGCGGUAGGUGGGAACGCGGCAGGUGGGGACGCGGCAGGUGGGGACGCGGCAGGUGACAACGCAGCAGGUGACGCCACCACCACUACGGCUGCUAUCCCCACCACCGCUGCUAUCCCCACCACCCUGUGCUUCGGGACAAACGGGACCUUCUGCUACACCCGGGGGAGAAAGGUGAAGUGCGCGCCGCUGAUCUGCAUUUUGGAGAGCGGCAUUCGGGUGAAGAGCGAGGGUUCGAGCGGCGGUUCGCGCGGUGGCACGGCUGCCUCCCCCCCGUUAAGCAGUACGUCCGGCAAGCAUAGCAGCACCAUUGGGGGCAGAGAUAAUCGGUUGGAGGAACACAUCUACGCGAUAAGAAACUUCCCCGGGCCAUUCAGCAGGAGAAGCGAUAGGGUAGAUAAGAAGGUACUUAACUUCCUGCAUGGGCACAUGAGCCUAAAUGAGGAACUAUAUGGGAACAAUGUGUAUGAGUGUACGCAGAAGAACUGCGUUUACAAGUACCUGGUGAACGUGAUGAGGAACCCCCAGCUGCUCGCCUUUAACUUGAAGGACGUGCGCGUGGAGAGGAGCGGGGCGAAGCCGGAGGGGGGGGAGAAGGGGAGAAGUGCCGCGUCGUACGCGCUGGUAUCGCCUCGUCAUCAUCACCAUCAUCAUCAUGAUCAUCAUCAUCAGGGGGGGGGGGACCCCCGCGCAAGCGAAAACAACCCGAGGGAGGAAUUAGAGGAUCGGCACGGAAGGGGAAGCCCCCCCGAUGUUGGCGAAAGGAGUGCCUUAAACAGCAACAGAGCCGAAAUGGACAAAUUUGAGAUAACGUGGAGGGGGGCAGAAAAGAGAGAGCCCCCCCUUGAGGGGGACACCACCUGGGGGGUAAAUGCCAUUUGCGGAGAAACCCCCUCGUUCAGCCCAGCGGCAACCUGGCGUGAUGCAAACCAAGGGGAAGCAAAAGGAAAAAAAAAAAAAGUGCUCAUCCAAAAUCAGCAAUACCAAUUCGACGACGUGGUAGACCCAAACUUUAUUAAAACAUUUUCCCAAAUGGGAAUGAAAGAAAAAAUAACAAGAGAAGACGUAUACCAGGAGUACUACCACCUGUGCAUAUACGACAGCGAGAAGGCGGCGAGGGUAUGCGUAGAGAAAAACCUCUUCAAGCAUUUCUUUUUGGUUUUAAAAAAAUACAACGGUGAAAUGUACAGACUAAUGCUUAGCAAAUACAUUAAACAUAUUGGGAACAGCAUGAGCCACGACAUUGAGGUGACGGAUGGGCUGAAGAACAUCUUCCGAAUUUACAAUCCCAAUGUUCAUAACUCAGUUGUGAAAGAAGCUUUUGUCUUUUUAAUUUCUCUACUGCAUCGGGAGAGCAUGUCCUUUGAGAGGGACCUCCUCAUCGAUCACUGGUAUGUCUUCUACAUCCUCGUCUACCAUAACUUCCUUUUUCAAUUUGAAGAGAAUGACUUGGAUUACCAGGACUAUAGGGAUGACAUUGGCAGGUUUUUUUCCUUUUUGGUGAGGCAGCUGUAUACGCACGGGCGCGUCACUGAGGCUCAGUUUCUCCACCUGCAGUUGUGCGGUAACCCCUGCGUGUUUAGCGUCGCCGCGGGGGGGCGCAUGCAUUCGGGGGGCUAUCCUUCGCAUGUGCCCCACUGGGGGGGCUAUCCUUCGUAUGUACCCCCCUUGGAGGAGCGCCCGCACUGGGGCGGCCCCCUCUUCGACGUCCUCACCUUCCACAUCUGCGAAGUGAUGGAGUACCUAAACAGAUCCCACGAAGACAACUUCUUUUAUGAAGACCUCAUCGGGCAAAAAAUAAAAUACGCCUUCACUCUCCUAGAAUUAGGGGUUCUAGAGCAAGCCAAAAAAUAUGUAGAAAUUACUUUCUACUACGUCGAUGUGAUUAGAAGCCAGAAGACGAAGAACAGCUUGUUGGUGCACCUAUAUGAGUCGCUGCUUAGCCAAGCCAAGUACGUUUUGCCGUCUCGGUCUCUGCACCCCGGGGGGGGCGUCCCCACCAACUGGCCCGCCUCGAGUGAGGACCUCCCCGCGGGGGGGGUCUACAACUACAAAGUUGUGUCGCCCCACCAGGGGGGCGGCGCUAUUGGCGGUAGCGGCAGUGGCGGCAGUAGUGGCGGUAGCGGCAGUGGCGGCGCUAUUGGCGGUAUUGGCAGUGGCGGUAUUGGCAGUGGCGGCGCUAUUGGCGCUAACGCAGAUCAGUCGAGCACUCACCACGGUGUGUUUGGUAGCGGGGCGAGCACUCACCAUGAUGCGUUUAGCAGCGGGAUGAGCGUCACUCAUCACGCAAAUGCCCCCUACCCAACGGAUGGUGCAAAUCCCUUUUUGCCCAGCUACCACCCACAACAAGUGGUCGCCUCCGGAGGAGCGGAGUACCCCCCUGUGGAAGGGGGCAGCACCCCCUACCAGCAGUACGGCGGUGCCUACCAGAAUGGAAGCGCUCAAACGGGUUACUUCUACGGGGGAGGGGAAUCCCUGGCAGGAGGGGCUGCAAUGAGCAGCAUACCCGACGGUGGUAACGCCGCUGCGAGGUCUUACCAACAAGUUAGCAACGCUUGCAACGAUGGCUACGCUGCAAACUGGGGGGGCACCCCGUAUGGGGGGACGGGCAGCAGCCCCGCGGGCCAGAGCAGCUUCGCCUACUACUACGAUGCGAGUGGGCAGGUGGUGUACCCGGCCGCGGCGCAGCAGGCUCCCCAUCAGGCAGCUUAUCAUACGGCGCAGCAGGCUCCACAUCAAGCGGCUCACCAAGGAGCUUAUACGGCGCAACAGGCUCCCCAUCAAGCGGCUCACCAAGGAGCUCACCACGCUGCUUAUACAGCGCAACAGGCCCCCCACCAAAGUGCCCACCCCCCCGAUGGGACGGACAACAGAACGGAGAGCCAAACGAAAAAGCAAACGGAUCAACCGCAGGGAGAGAACAACAUCGAUUUGAUUAACAUGGGGAAGACGUUCAUCUCUGGUUUUCUUUCAAACAUAAAGGAAAAGAUAAAGAUGAGCGAGCAGGCGGAGGAGGAGGAAGAAGAAAACAUUUUUUAUUAUGACUACGAGAGGAAGCGGUGGAGGGAGAAGGGGGUGACGUCGGACGAGGAGAGGGAACGGGACCGGCAGAAAAUGCAGCGAGAAAUGGAGAUUAAAAACGUCGCGCCGCCGCCCCUCACGGAGAACCUCGCGCAGACGAACAAGAAGAACCCGCUCGACAUAAAGGACGUGCGCAGCAGGUACGUCGACUACUUUAGUUGA